CUGCCCCCCCAGCCUCGUCCCACGGACUCGCCUGCCGCCCAGACUUCCAAUAAAACGUGCUUUUUAUUCCUGACAGCGCUUCCUUGAUCUCUCACUCCUUCUGCGCGAAAACCUGGGAGCCCCCAUGGCCCACUGCUGCAGCCGCAUCUUCACUGCCUGCCUCAGCACCCAGCAGCCCCUUGCUCCUGCUCAGCAUGGCGACCCCAACUCAGAGCCCUACAGAUGCUCCUGAGGAAUUUGACCCAUUUUUCUAUGACUAUGCCACGGUGCAGACAGUGGGCAUGACUCUGGCCACCAUAAUGUUCCUGCUGGGGAUCAUCAUCAUCAUCAGCAAGAAGGUGAAGUGCAGAAAGGCAGACUCCAGGUCUGAGAGCCCCACCUGCAAGUCCUGUAAGUCGGAGCUCCCAUCUUCAGGUCUUGGCAACGACGAUCCCCUCAAAGAGCCUGUCUGCACCCCAGACCCAGGGACUCAUGCCUCCAGCUCCUGGGAUCUGGGAGUCCACCCCCAGCUCCCCAGGAAGCCCGUGCGCUGCUCCCCCAACCCCUUCGUCUCUUUCCGGAGCAUCCGUUCCUUGGCCCCUAGGUGUCCACAUCUUGAGCUUAAUAAAUGUGCAUUUGGUUUUUCCCGUUCUGUCUGUGCGUUCUUAUCUGUGGGCACACAAGGAUGGGGGCUGAGAAUGAAGCCGGGUCGCUGUCCCUUGCGUGCCUACAGUCCACCCCUUCCCCAGGGCCCCAGUCGCUCCUCCUCGUCCUCCUCCUCGUCCUCCUCCUCCUCGCUUCCUCACCCCUCCCUCCACACCUCCGGAGCAGCCCUUUCCCCUCCUUCCCUCCCCGCCUCCGCCCUCCCCCUGGCCUGGUGGGCGGAGGCCACCCCAGUCCCCCAGCGUCUUUAGCUUCUCCCCCUC